UCACAGUGAUGAAGCAGUAGUGUCUCAUGGUGUUGUUUUCACAACUCCUGAACAAGGUCUAUUGCUGGGUGAUUAUUGGAUAGAUGAGGUGGGAAAGAAAGUUGACUGUGACAAUAUCACUGGUGCCUAUAUAGCUGCUAAGUCUCAUGAUAUCUCUGAUGUUGUCACGGCUUCUGAGAGCCAGUUUAUUAUGGGAGACUUUGAGCCUGAAGAAGCUGAAAACAAACAGAGAGAAAACAAGGAUGUGGAACUGCUGGGUGAAUCUAAAAUUAUCACUAAACUGGAAGGACAUACACUGUCUGAAGACUCUGGACUAGGCAAAACAAGAAUGAUAAAGUAUAGUACAGCAGCCACUGGAAAAGAGUCUUUUGUUUUCAGUUCCCCGGAGAAACUACUUCACUUAGAAAAAUCUGAACCACAUGCUGCUGGAAAUCAAGAACGAGAGGAAGUGGAGUCUGCCUUCUUCACUAGGUUUGAGACUUGUUUACUUCUGGGAGAGUCUGCACAUGACAUACUAGGUGAGCAAUUUUUUCUUAAAUUCUCGUCAAUUUCAUAUGGCGUAAUCUUUAAGUUUAUGUUUUGUCUGAAGUUAUUAUGAUCAUAUCUCUUUCUUCAUCCCUGAAAUGCAGAAGAAUCUAGCCCUUUCACAACCAUUCAUGAACAAAUAAACGAUGCAUUGGAGGAAUUGGCAAUAACAGGUGAUUAGCACACAUUAAUACUUAUUUUCACCAGCCAACACUUUGUUCUAACUAGAUGCUUACGCAAUUGUUAGAUAGUUAUUUUAUUGCUAAUCAUUUGUAUACAUUAUUGAAGCAGAUGAGCUCAUAGAAACAAAGGUAACAACUCAAAGAGAUGACAAGGGAAGUCCCAUGCUGGACUCUUCGGUGGCUCACGGAGGUUGAGCACUUAAGUUUAUGAUUUGCAUAUCUCAUGAACGUUUAUUAUUUGUCUCAAAUCUCCCUUCUUUGCUUCUAUGCUUUGUUUUCUAGACUUCUAAGCUUAAUAAGCUUUUUAAACUUAUGUUAUUGCCUGUGAGUUUUCAAAUAGUUAAAAUUUUGGCUUUUGAUUUCUUGUGCGUCAAACUUUAUCAUUAGACAUACGUGUUAUGUUCACACAUGCAUACUUGGAUGUGGAGAAACAAAAUUAAUUCAUUAUCUAAAGAUUGUAAACCAUAACCUAAAUUUAUUAUUAGCAUAGAUUUUAAGGGUCACCUUACCAAUUAGGAGAACUGUUGUAGUUAAAUUGAAUAAAACGAGGUUUUUAAAUUGAGAUUAAAGAUUUUAUACCUGAAGAUUUGAGAUUUGAUUCUAGAGUCUAGAGAUACAAAUUAUGCAGAUUUACUGAAAAAAUAAUUUAAGAAUUGUAACAUGAUUUACAUAGAGAAGCCUUUUAAAAAUGUUCUAAAUAGAAUUGUCAUGCAUGAAUUUCAAUAGAAAGGUUAGUGCAGUACACAUAUAAUAUUAGACGUUAAUUUUAAUUAUCAGUUUUAUAUAAUAAUUAUUCUAAUCUAUGAUAAAUUAAUUAAUGUGAAAACUAAUGUUUAAAUUUCACCAAAUAUUAAUUAAUGUGAAAAACUAAUGUUUAAAUUUCACCAAAUGCAAUCAUUCUGUACUGUACUAAACCAAAUUGAAUGGUCCUGAUCCGGCCCAUUAGACCCUAAACCAACACAUCUAAGUACCUAAUGAGAAUUUGUUGCUAAACUGUUGUAAUAUAUAUAUCAUCACAUUUGUAACGCAGAUUUAAUUACAAUAAUUAUACCCACUACGCCACUAAGCACUGAUUAUCCCACAGAGGUGAUUAAUGAGUUUCCAUCGUUACUUACUUUAGCCCUUUCACUCUACCAUUUACUUGUAACAGUCAAGGCCACAAGUGUCUCUAUAUAAACUCUCUAAGGUUAACACUCACUUCUCAUCACAUUUACAAACAAAUCAAACCAUACUCACUAGCUAAUCCUUCUUCUCUCGAACCUAUCAAUGGCUACUAAACCAACUUUUGCGGUUAGCUUCACUGUGAUGCUCGUGCUCAUGGUAACUUCUUCCACGGUGACAGCACGACCUCUCAUGAAACCAACCGUAGGCGCACCUUCUCCUUCCACAAGCCUUGUGUACCGUCUUAGGCUUGAUGAAGAAACAGGUUACUGCUGGGAUUCAUUGAUGCAGCUCCAACACUGUUCUGGAGAGCUGAUCUUGUUCUUUCUCAACGGUGAGACUUACAUUGGCCCAGGGUGUUGCAGUGCUAUAAGAACCGUGGGAAGCAAGUGUUGGCCUACUAUGAUUGGUGUUCUUGGUUUCACUGCUCAAGAAGGUGACAUGCUCCAAGGUUAUUGUGAUGAUGAACACGAUGAACAUGCUCUUGCCUUCUCACCACUGCCUACUACGGUUGCUUGAUCUUCUAACCCUUCAUAUUACUGGAUUUAGAGCCUAUGCUUUUCUUUUUCUAAGGGAAAUGAUUAUCUUAUAUAAUUGGAGAAGGCUAUUGAUAAAUAGCUUCUCUGUUUUUAUUCGUUAAUAAAAGAGAGUUUACGUACAACCAAGGUUUUGCAAAUCUUGUAAACAUAAUCUUCUUUUCUUCUCAAAUCCAUACAUAAAAUUCCAUGUUUAAUAAAUCAGUGAACAGUCACCAAAAAACGUAGCUACCCCUAUGUCCUGAUCAGACCAGGGACAGUAGAAAAACAUACCAACAAGUAAAAGAGUUCAUAAUUCAUAACUAUUGCCUAUUUUUUUUGGGUCAAAUUGAUAACUAUUGCUUCUCUUCCAAGAAACAACCAUUUGUG